CUCAUAAAGUUUCAAGCGCUACUGUUGCUGUAAGACAAUUUGGGCCUAUCUGUGCCUCAGUGUAUUCCACUGAAGCACAGCUUUCCAGUUGUCAGGAAACAGCAUCAUACAUUUCGAGAACCGUGAGAAACAUGAGCUCUUAGAUUAUAGAAAACAACUCGAUCGCCUCUGCAGCACGUUCCGACUGGAGCCUGGACUGCGACACCUCUGGCUUCUUGGCGCGGCUAUCCGUGGCGAUAAUCAGUUACUGACACAACGCUACAAUGCUGACACGGCUUGCCGCACUGGGGCGCCCAGCUGUGCUGGAUGCGGCAGCAGCGGCGGUUGUCGUGGCGGUCGAGCCAUCGGCGUCGGCGAGUGCGGCAUGGCGGGACGGCGGGAGAGACGCCAGCACGAGCUACGGGGUCCACUCGCUGCCGCUGGCUUGGGGAGCGCAGCGCCGAGCUCUGGGCGCCCUCGCCUCCGGAUGCGCAUCCACCGCUCCCACUCCCAUGGUGGCCAGCGCCGCGUCUGCAGCAGCUCAGGCCCGCACCGGCCUCCCCUUCAGCACUGCAGCGUCCACCCCAGCCCCGGUCAACGCACCCCCACCCCCGGUCAACGCGCCCCACCUCUCCAACACCCCUGCGGAGCUGGAGGAAGCUGAGCUGGCGGGGCUGGACAUGGAGUCGCUCAUGCGCGCCAUCGUGCACCCGCUGCCGCUGGGCCGCGUGCGCAACGGCGCGCUGCUAGCCCAGGCCCUGGGCACGGGCGCGCCGGUGGUGCAGCUGGAGAACGGGCCCGGGGGUCGCGACGCGGCGCUGUUUUUUGACCCAGCAGCCACGUUGUCGUCAACCAUGCGCGCUCUGCAUGUGAUCCGGCAGGUUCUGGAGAAGGACGGGCACGUGGUGGUGGUCAACUCCAACCCGCGCAUGCGGCCGCUGCUGCGCGAGGCGGCGCACCUGUGCCUCAACUCCAACGUCUGGUUCUGGGCCGACGACUGGCUGCCCGGCUGCCUGGCGGAGACGGACGCGCGGGGCGGGCACUGCCCGCUGCUGUCGGACAAGGCGCAGCCCAACCGCCAGAUUAUGGCGGAGAAGGGGCUGGUGUUCCGCAACCCGCUCGUGCCGGACCGCGGCAACCCCGCCGCCGUGCUGGGCGGCCCGGCGCCGCGCCUGAGCGCCGCCGACAUGCAGCGGCUGCUGGCGGGCGCGCGCAGCCCCAUGGGCCUCACCCACAGCGUGUACAAGCGCGAGCAGACCGCCUCGCACCGCGGCUGCCGCAAGGCGUUGGCGGCGCUGACGGCCGCACGCACCGCAGAGGCGCGCCUUCUGCUGCCCGGCUCCCAGACCGGCGCCGGGCGCGGCCGCUUCCGGCAACCCGCGCUGGUGGUCGUACUCGACCUGUCAUACGGCGGUGAGGCGGUACGGGAGGCGGCGGCACGCAACGUGCCAACCGUCGCGCUGCUGAACGGCCACUCCGACGCGUCGGCCGUGACCUUCCCGGUCUACGCGUCCGAGUCCCAUCUGGGCUACCACCACUUCUUCCUGGAGUGGCUGCUGCGGGUGGUCAACAUUGAUCCCAAGGUGCUGCACACCCUGCGCAAUGCCGCCCGGGCAGCGCCGUCGGCUGGCGCUACUGGCGCUACUGGCGCUACUGGCGCUACUGGCGCUACUGGCGCUACUGGCGCUACUGGCGCUACUGGCGCUACUGGCGCUACUGGCGCUACUGGCGCUACUGGCGCUACUGGCGCUACUGGCGCUACUGGCGCGCGGGCGGCCCACGCGGGUGCGGGGGCGGGCGCUGCGGCUGCGCCUGCAGCGGGGUCUGGCAAGGCGGCUGGCAAGGCGGGUCAGCAGGGCGGCCGCGGCAAGCGCUGAGCAGGAACGCAUGGGAUGUGAUGUAGGUUGAUGCUGUUGGCUCACGUGACUUAUACCUAGGUGUGAAUGUGUGAUGUAGCCAUGUAGGUGUGUGAGCACGGUGCUGCGAACUGUGGAGCUGGCACACCCUCAGUCCCAGGCGGUUGCCACCAAAUAGCUUGCUGUGGGGCGCCCGCGGUGACGGCAAUUUGCGCGCCAAUGUCAGCAUUGCUGCUGGUUCAGGUCAUGAUGUAGUGCGCACUACCGGAUCCGCGGCGCACCCUGAGUAUGUAAGAGCACGUGCGU